AUCCUGUUAUGAUUUAUGAUACAAUUCAAUUUGUUUCACAAGCAUGGAAUAAAGUUUCUGAAGAUGUAAUUAUUCAUUCUUGGCAAAAAACAGAUAUUCUUUUUUUUACAGAAAUUGACAAAUUUAUAGAUUCAGAAUCUCUUGUUGAUUUAACUAAUGAAGAAGAAAUAGAGUUAGAAAAUCUCAUUACACGAUUUCAAAAUUCAAAAAAUCCUGAAAAUCUUGAAUACUUAAAUAUUACUAUACAUAAAUUUAUUGAAAUUAAGAAUAAUUAUACAACAGGUAAAAUAUUUACGGUCAAAGAUAUUAUAGCAGAGAUACAAGAAAAUGAGUCUGAAGAAGAACCAGAGUGGCAAAUUAAACCUGUUACAGCAAUUUAA